AUGAAAGACUACCGCACAACGGACUUUCUGAAGUCGGAGCUUUCGAAAAAAAAACUGCCAGAGUAUGUCGCGCGAGAGGUGGAUGGCCUUGACGAAGACGUCGCCGCCGAAGUGACCUUGUCAAUCGGCAAGACGAGUCUGCCCCAGCAGGAGGCCAAACUUCGAGGACUUUUCGAUGAAAUGGUGGCGCUGGCCAAUAGGUAUCCACACGCCACGGUCACCCCUUUGGAAUUUGAGAAAGACGAUGAUGACAACUUUCAGAUUGAUUUCAUCGCCGCCACAAGCAACCUCCGUGCGGGGAAUUACCAUAUACCCUUGCAGGAUCGCAUGAAGGUGAAGAUGGUCGCCGGAAAGAUCAUUCCGGCGGUGAUGACGACCACCGCCGCUGUGACGGGGCUUGCUCUCCUUGAGCUUUUUAAGGUUUUGCAAAACAAAGACGUGGCGAUGCUACGAAACGGCAUGAUUGAUUUGGGAACGAAUAAUUACGUCCUUUUUGAGCGCGACACACCUGUGCGACGUCGCACCAAGAUUGUCUCGACCUACCUCCCUGAACAGGAUAUCACCUACAAAAAGAAGGUGAUUUGCAUACCGGAUGGGUUCACCAAGUACGAUUCUAUUAAGAUCAAUGUCUCCUCAUCUACCACGGUAUGCAAGUUUGUAGAGAAGUUGUUGGAAUCGCUGAACAGUACACUUCCCACGGAUGCAGAAUUUAAGUACGAAAUUGAUGGCCUUGGUGUGGGAAAAGGCCUGCUCUGGAACGGCCUCCCAUCUCAUGCUAACACAAACGCGUCUUUGAUGAACUUAAUUGAGAAGCAAAAAAGUACUGAGAUGGGGGAUGCUACUUUCCAGAACAACUUCUGGAAGGGGCGUACGAAAUUUUUUGAUCUUACCGUCGUGGUGUCUGCAGACGAUGGUGACUCCACCGUAGACGAAGUGGAAGUCGAAACGGCACCCAUCUGCCUUUGCAUUAAACCAUAA